AUGCUCCCUGAAUCCAGCUCUCUCUGGCUACUUCAGCUGCUCCGGGACAUCCAGCUGGCCCAGUUUUAUCGGCCCAUCCUUGAAGAGCUUAAUGUCACUCGGCCAGAGCAUUUCGACUUUGUAAGGCCUGAGGACCUGGACGGCAUUGGCAUGGGCCGGCCUGCUCAGCGCAGACUAGCUGAAGCUCUGAAGAGGCACCGUUCAGGGGUCAAGUCUAAGAACCGGGUCUACAAGAUCCUGGGAGGGUUUGCCCCUGAGCAGAAGGAGACUACCCCACCAUCAGAGAGCCCUCGCCUCCCUGAGCCAGAUGGGGGACUCAAGUGUCUGAUCCCAGAGGCUGCUAUGUGCAGAGGGAAGCUGUUGGGCUCAGGCUGCUUUGGCGUGGUGCACCGAGGGCUCUGGACCCUGCCUAGUGGCCAGAGUGUCCCAGUGGCUAUCAAGUCCCUCCGGGUGGGUCCUGGAGGCCCAGUGGGCACAGAGCUGGGAGACUUCCUGCGAGAGGUGUCGGUUAUGAUGAACUUGGACCACCCACAUGUGCUCCAUCUGCAUGGCCUGGUAUUGGGCCAGCCUCUGCAGAUGGUGAUGGAACUGGCACCACUGGGCUCCCUACAUGCUCGUCUGACAGCCUCAACUCCAACGCCCCCACUUCCUGUGGCCCUGCUCUGCCUCUUUCUGAAGCAGUUGGCAGGGGCCAUGGCGUACUUGGGGGCUCAAGGGCUAGUGCACCGGGACCUUGCUACCCGCAACCUGCUGCUGACCACCCCACGCACCAUCAAGGUGGCGGACUUUGGACUGGUGCGGCCACUGGGCGGCGCCCGGGGACGCUAUGUAAUGGGCGGGCCCCGCCCCAUCCCCUAUGCCUGGUGUGCCCCAGAGAGCCUGCGCCAGGGAGCCUUCUCAUCUGCCUCCGAUGUGUGGAUGUUUGGGGUGACACUGUGGGAGAUGUUCUCCAGAGGCGAGGAACCCUGGGCUGGCGUCCCACCAUACCUCAUCCUGCAUCGGCUGGAGAAGGACCGAGCCCGGCUGCCAAGGCCACCCCUUUGCUCUAGAGCCCUCUACUCCCUCGCCUUGCGUUGCUGGGCCCCCCACCCUGAGGACCGGCCUAGCUUUUCCUACCUGGAAGGGCUGCUCCAAGAGGCCUGGCCUCGUGAGGGACGCUGUGUAAGGGACGUCACAGAGCCAGGUGCUUUGCGGAUGGAGCCUGGUGACCCCAUCACCAUCAUCGAGGGCAGCUCCUCUUCCCAUAGCCCGAACUCCACAACCUGGAAGGGCCAGAAUGGCCGCACCUUCACAGUGGGCAACUUCCCAGCAUCAGCAGUGACAGUGGCAGAUUUAGGGGGCUCAUCAGCUGCCCGUCCAGUCCAUAGAGGCCCCCCAGCCCAGGGAGAGCGAUGCCAAGGAAACAUAGAUAGGGACAGAGAGAAGGAAAAGCCUUGGGAUCUACCUCCAGCACGGGACCAGAGAAGGAAGGCACCCCUGCAGAGGAUGAAAGGAAUUUCCAAGAGUCUGGAGUCAGUUCUAUCCUUGGGUCCUCGCCCCACAGCGGGUGGUUCAAGCCCCCCAGAACUUCGACAUGCCAGAGCUGUGCCCCGGGGACCUCCAGACCUGCCUCCACGCCCUCCUUUUACCUCCAGCUCUUCUUCUCAGCCCAGCCAGCCCCCCAGAGCACGACCUCUCUGCCCCAAAAGAGAAACUCCACACAAUCAUUGCACUGGAGCAUCUGCAGCCAGUAAAGCCACCACCCCCUCUGGAGGCAUCUUGCCUGACCCUGAGUGGCAGAGGAAGAUUAUAGAGGUGGAGCUGAGUGUGCAUGGAGUCACCCACCAGGAGUGCCAAGCAGCACUCAGAGCCACUGGAGGAGAUGUGGUUUCCGCCAUCAGGAACCUCAAGGUGGACCAGCUCUUCCACCUGAGUAGCCGGUCCAGAGCCGACUGCUGGCGCAUACUGGAGCAUCACCAGUGGGACCUCUCAGCAGCUAGUCGCUAUGUCCUGGCACGGUCCUGAGCUCUGCUUCCAUGGGCAUGGACACUAACAUGGAGCAACUGGACCUCUCAGGGGCUGGCCG